GGAGCAUGAUGGGAGUCGUAGUAAGAGUCUAGUCGCAUCGAGAGGCAUGCUCCGAAGAGCCUCUAAGUAAAGCUCGCGGUAGACGAGGUCUGCAAAGAGAGAGGGUCAGAGCAGUCUGGGAAGUGUAGUCCAGUUGCGUUGGCAAUAGCUACGUGGUGGGAGUCGAGGUUCCAGGAAGGGGCUGAGCAGGCUUGAAAAGAGAUUGGGACUGUGCCUUUUAACUGUAGCUGGAGCACAAGAAGUGUUUGUCUAAUGAAUGACUUAUCCAUCUAGGACCUAUUUCGACCCGCAGGAUAAUCCUGUGAACUGCUAAUAGUUCAUUGCGUGUGGCCCUUAGUAUUGAUUUCAGCAUGCUACGAAGAAAACCAACACGCCUAGAGCUAAAGCUUGAUGACAUUGAAGAGUUUGAGAGCAUUCGAAAAGACCUAGAGACGCGAAAGAAACAGAAGGAAGAUGUGGAAGUCGUAGGAGGCAGUGAUGGAGAAGGAGCCGCUGGGGUCAGCAGUGACCCCAAGAGCCGGGAACAAAUGAUUAAUGAUCGAAUUGGUUAUAAACCCCAACCCAAGCCCAACGAUCGCUCAUCUCAAUUUGGAAGUUUUGAAUUUUAGAGAUGGAUUAUCUUGCAUGUCAGAGCCCUGGAAUGGAAUCAAAUGAUGGCAGAAGUACAAACCAGAUCUAGAGAAUUGAGUGCUCACAGUCAAGCAGAAUGUUUUACCUUCUGCAGAGAGAAAUUCUUUUGCAUGGGUUCACUGAUGCUUAACUUUCACUCUAAGCUGGAAUCCAAACUCUGGUUUGUCUCUGGAAAAUUUAACUCUGUAAAACUUACCUGAUUUUUGUUUUUAAAAAUAAAUAUAUUUUUGGAAAAA